GCAAUGUAAAAUCAAUGUCUCUAACUGCCAAGGUCCCGCAUUUCCAUUAUGUAGAUGAGAUAAACUGCAAUGCUCUAGUGGAGCUUAAAACAGCGUUUCAGAAAAACAAUCCUUAUUCAGAUGUCAAGCACACUUUUCUGCCAAUAUUAGUCAAAUCAUUGUCAAUGGCCCUCACCAAGUACCCCUCUUUGAAUAGUUGCUUCAAAGAGGAUUCAAUGGAGGUCAUAUUCAAAGGUUCACACAACAUUGGAGUUGCCAUGGCUACUCCAAAUGGUCUAGUUGUACCAAACAUAAAAAAUGUCCAGUCUCUUUCAAUCUUGCAGAAAAGCUAGCAGGAGAAAAGAAGUCUUCAUUAGAUUGGAAACCUCCCCCAAAUGGAUGGGUUAAAGUUAAUAAUGAUGGUGCCUCCCAAGGGAACCCGGGUAGUGGAGGUCUAAUUCGAGAUGAAAGUGGAAGAUGGCUUGCAUAACAUAAGUACGUGUAUACGUAUCAAAACAUUGCAUUUCUAAUCUCUUUGUGAGUGUAUAUAAAUCUUUCUCAUCUCAUAAGAAUUUGUUAGAAAUGCAUAGCUCAAAAAAAAAAUCUCUCAUAAAAAUCUUAUUUAUCUUUUCCAUUAUCAUCAUCGACGGUUUUUCAAUGGUUAGACUUAGUAGGAAUAAUUUGACUCCAAUACAUAAGUGGAAGAAAUACAAAUUUUUCAGCAUAUUCUUCCUAAUGCAAAGAACUCUAUCAAUCUCUCAAAUUCAAUUCAACAACUUUACUU